UUAGCAAACGGACCAAACAGUCUGGCUCCUGAAUUUAAACUGGAGUUAAAAUCCCUCAGAAACUUUUCAUUUUCAGGUUAAAAUGAAGUUUCGGGGGAAAAUAACCGACAUCGCCUGUUUGAACCACUUCACCAGAGUGGUGACCACCAUCUCUAAGCUCACCAAGACCUGCGUCCUGCGGCUGACUCCGGACCACCUGUUCUUCAUCCUGCCGGGAAAAGUGACCAACGGAGGAGUCGGCAUGUGGUGCCAGCUGCUGCAGGCCAACUUCUUCCAGGAGUACCAGAUGGAGGGCGUGACCUCUGAGGUCCAGGAGAUCUGCCUGGAGGUGAGUCCAGAACCCUGGAGCCGGGCCCUGAAGACGGUUCAGUCCGCCAAGUCAGUGAAGCUGAAGCUGACCAGGAAGCACUGCGCCUGUCUGACCGUCGCUGCUGAGCUGCCCACCCUGUCCAGCGUCGGCAGAGUCGUCACUCACGACGUUCCCGUCGACGUCAUUCCUCGAAGACUCUGGCAGGAAUUCCAGGAAGCCGGCGUUCCAGACUUUGAUGUGAGCGUCUACCUUCCUCCUCUGAAGACGAUGAAGAGCGUGGUGGACAGGAUGAAGAACCUCUCUAACUUCCUGGUGAUGGAGGCCAACCUGAACGGAGACAUGAACCUGAAGAUCCAGACCGAUCUGGUUUCUGUCACCACUCACUUCAAAGACCUGGGGAACCCAGCAUGGGGCGAUGACUCCUCCCAGGACGGCGGUCCGUCUCAGAGCAGAGACCCAGAGGUCAUGGCAGAGGUCACGGUGGACAUCAGGAAGCUGCAGCAGUUCCUCAUGGGUCAGCAGGUCAACCCCAGCAAGGCCCUGUGCAAUAUUGUCCAUCAGAACGUGGUCCACCUCGUCCUGCUCCAUGAAGACGUUUCUCUGCAGUAUUUCAUCCCUGCUGUGGCCUGAACCAGAUCAUCUGAUCCUCUGCAGAUAAUCUGGUUCUGGUCGGGUUCAGUGGGAGCUGGAACGUUUUUUCUCUACUGGACCCGGAGGAGCAGAUUCAGAACCUCCAUCCAGACUUUAUGAAGACUUUACCUGCUGAACUGAGCUGCUGCUCUAUUCAUGAAAUGUUUUAUUUUUAUACAGAGAUGAAGAUUCAGUGUCUGAAUCGUUUCUGAUUAAAUUCUGUAGAUUUUAAAUCUGCUGGAUCCAGAAAACCUCCAUGUGUUCCUGCUUUGCCCUGUGAUGGACCGCUGACCCGUCCAGCUUGUUCUCCGCCUCUCACCCAGUGACUGCUGGAGAGGCACCAGCUCUCCUCCACCCUUCCUCUGAUGGAGGCUGUUUGAACUGCAGCAGCAUAACUUCAAAUCCAACAUUGAGUCUGAAUACAAAACAAUCAUUAAUAAGGGUUAAAUAAAAACGAAUUAUUAUUAAAAUGAUUAAAACAGAAGAUUAAUUUUUGAAAAACAAAUAUUUUAGAGAGAAACUUGUUUUAUUUUUUCUGUUAAUUUCCUGCAGCCCAGUAAGUUGUUUUGCCAACCGCCAAUAAAACACAAGAGAAGAAGAAAGAAAGUAGUGGGGGAGGGGGGUUAUUAGACAACUUAUUUGUCUUCAAAAAAAUAUUUGAUAAAGAAAUAUGAAUUAGUUUUAUUUCUUCUGUUAUCUCCUUUCCACACUUCUGGUCAGUAGGUGGCGGUGUUGCUCCUGUGGAGUUGAUCUGCAAACCGCCAUUUUACAGCAUCAGAAGAAGAAGAAAAUGUUCAGCUUCAGUUUAUUAGCUGAACUCGUCCAAAGUUAGCCCACCAUGCUAACGUUAGCCUGAGCAGAGACUUUCUUCAGCUGCUGCAGGAUUCCUUCACUUCUGCUGGAGAAAACUGAAGUUCAGAGAAGAUGUGAGUUUUUAACAAAUGAACUUUUAUAACAGCAGCUAAACACACAACGGCAGGAGAAUCACUAGCUAGUUUUACUGCUAGCAAAGAUUUAAAUCUGGAUGAUCUGCUGUUUACGCCCCAAAGUUAAAGUCCGUUAUUUAACCUGGUGAUCAGCAAUGUUACUGCCGAUAGAAAGCUGCUUCAGAGAGAGUUUCUCAGCAGCUGGAAGCAGAAAGUGUUAGAACUGGAAGUUAAGUUAGCAUGCUAGGCUAACAGGCGCGAAAUGACAGAUUGUGUGUGAAUAUAUGAAAGUAAGCAUCGUCUGUCUGUGGUUCCUUUAGUUUGUCUCAUAAACUAUUGUAAACUUUAUCAGAUGGAUGCUGAUAAAGUUCUGAUGCUCCAGCUGUUUGGUGGGUCGUUUCCAGCCAGUUAGUCUCAACUGAGCCGCUACGGAACCAACAUGGCGUCUUCAAAACCGCCAAAUGGAUCAUCAUCACAUCUGUCAGCAUCUGUCCCCAAACACUUCACAUGAUCCACGUUUACCAUGACUAGUAUGUUAGCAUAAAUUACACCAACAGAAGGAAAUAUGCUGGGGGUUUGAAUAUAUUUUAACAUAAAACUUCAUUUAUCAGUCAGCAUUAAGAUUUAAUCUGCAGCAGCAGAUUUGAUUCUGCUUCAAUUAUAAAGUUCAUAAAGGUUUGGAUC